AUGUCGAACCAGAAUCGUCGUUCAUCGUUUUCGUCUUCAACCACAUCAUCUCUAGCGAAGCGCCAUGCAACUGUUUCCUCUUCAGAAAACAACGUGGCCAAGGUUAUGGCCAAGAAGCGACCUCCCCUCACUAACCUCACCAACACCAUUGCUUCUCGCAACUCAUCAUCCUCUUCCUCUUUGGUGCCAUGCGGAACUAAGGUUGCUAAGACCAAGAAAGAAGUUCCACCAUGCUUCACUAGUUCAGCAGUUUCAGGGAAUAAAAGACCCUCUUUGCCUAGUGUUAAAUCUACCAGUGCUGUUGUUUUUCCUAAGGCUACUUCAAUCUUAGAAAAGAAUGGAGCUGCUGCUCCUUCAGUUGCAACCCUCACUGUUCAUGUUUCGAGCACCAUGGAUGUUUCACCUAGUAAAUCAGAUGGCAUGUCAGUUUCAAUGGACGAGUCAAUGUCUUCUUGUGAUUCUUUCAAGAGUCCUGACAUUGAGUAUGUCGACAAUAGUGAUGUUGCAGCAGUUGAUUCAAUUGAGAGGAAGACAUUCUGCAAUUUAAACAUCUCUGAUACUACAGACCCAGCAGGUAACAUCUGUAGUAGAGACAUACUUGUUGAGUUGGAAAAGGGGGACAAAAUUGUCAGUGUCGAUAAUAAUUACACGGAUCCACAGCUCUGUGCAUCCUUUGCUUGUGAUAUCUACAAGCACCUGCGUGCAUCUGAGGCGAAGAAAAGGCCUUCCACAGACUUCAUGGAAAGCGUUCAGAAGGACAUAAAUCCCAGCAUGCGUGCUAUAUUGAUUGACUGGCUUGUGGAGGUGGCUGAAGAGUAUAGACUAGUACCUGAUACAUUGUAUUUGACAGUAAACUACAUUGAUCGGUAUCUUUCAGGGAACGUGAUGAAUAGGCAAAAGUUACAACUACUUGGUGUUGCCUCCAUGAUGAUUGCCUCCAAAUAUGAGGAGAUUUGUGCACCUCAGGUGGAGGAAUUUUGUUACAUAACUGAUAACACAUACUUCAAAGAAGAGGUUUUGCAGAUGGAAUCUGCUCUCUUGAAUUUUUUGAAGUUCGAAAUGACAGCCCCAACAAUUAAGUGUUUCCUAAGAAGAUUUGUUCGUGCAGCUCAAGGAGUUGACGAGGUCCCUUCCCUGCAACUAGAGUGCUUGACAAACUAUAUUGCCGAAUUGUCUCUAUUGGAGUACAACAUGCUUUGUCAUGCUCCAUCACUUGUAGCCGCUUCUGCAAUUUUCCUGGCAAAAUUCAUUCUUUUCCCUUCGAAGAAACCAUGGAAUUCGACAUUGCAGCAUUACACACUCUACCAACCUUCUGAUCUGUGUGUUUGUGUAAAGGAUCUGCAUCGGCUUUGUUGCAACAGUCCUAACUCUAAUUUGCCUGCAGUUAGGGAAAAAUACAGUCAGCAUAAGUACAAAUAUGUGGCCAGGAAGUACUGCCCUCCUUCAAUACCUCCAGAAUUUUUCCAGAAUUGA